AUGAGUAUUUUGGAGGAAAUUAAAAAAGAAGUCCGAGUGCUCUGUUGGAUCAUGACGUCACCCUCCUCGUUACGCCCCAAGGCGACUCACGUCAAACAGACGUGUCCACGCUGUGACGUCACCCUGUACAUGAGCACCCAGGCCGACCCGGAGUUCCCGGCUAUCGGCCUGGACGUGUCGGAGGGCCGCGACUACCUGUGGAACAAGACCCGGACGGCAUUCAGAUACGUCUACCGCCACCACUUCCAGGACGCGGAUUGGUUCAUGAAGGCUGACGACGAUUACGUCAUCGUGGACAACCUCCGCUAUUUCCUGCGGGACAAGAACAGUAGUGCGCCGCUGUACUACGGGCACCACUUCACCCCGUACGUCAAGCAAGGCUACAUGAGCGGCGGGGCGGGCUACGUGCUGAGCAGGGAAGCCCUGAAGCGGUUCGCUGAGGCUGACAACUACCGGUGCAGCAAACAGGACUACAAGGCGGAGGAUGUAGGGAUGGGAUUCUGCAUGCAAUCCUUGGAAGUGAUCGGCGAUUCCAGGGAUUCACUCAACAGGUCUCGCUUCCUACCUCUGUCCCUUGUAGACUUCGUAAACAUCACUUACCGGACUGGUAUCACAAGUACAGGAAGUACGAAAUACCCAGAAAACUAUAGAAAGAAUCCUUUUGGCUUCCAGACUAUCGAGCGAUUCAAACUGAAGAACAGGUUGUAUAGCAGCAGCAGCAGCAGCAGCAGUAGCAACGCAGGAUCGACAGCAACUCAGUUGUUGCAUAACAACAGCUGCAUUGGCAACCGCAGCAUCAAUAACUUCACGCCUGCGGCAGCAAGAACACUAAGCACAACCAGUAACAGCAGCAACUGCAGCAACAGAUACAGUAGCGGCAGCAGCUGUUGCUCCGACUACCUCAUCUCCUGCCACUACGUGACGUCUUACGAUAUGCAUCUCUUGGACUUUGUCGUCUACCAUCUACGCUCGGCCAACGACAACAAGCGACACGUCUACAAGAUUGGCAAUAACCGAACACUGCCAUUAUGA